GCCUGGCCAGCGGCCCUUCCCUGCACCCUGUGUCACCUUAGUCCACAGAGGCAGCCUUAGGAUGCACCUGUCUGCGGUGCUCAACGCCCUGCUGGUGUCGGUGCUGGCGGCCGUGCUGUGGAAGCACGUGAGGCUACGCGAACAUGCAGCCAGCCUGGAGGAGGAGCUGGCCCUCAGCCACCAGGGCCCCGAGCCCGGCAUGGGCCCGCGCCUUGACUAUCCCAGGGCCCUGCAAAUCCUGACAGAGGGCGGCACGCACAUGGUGUGCACGGGCCGGACGCACACCGACCGCGUCUGCCGCUUCAAGUGGCUCUGCUACUCCAGCGAGGCCGAGGAGUUCGUCUUCUUCCACGGCAAUGCCUCGGUCAUGCUGCCCAACCUUGGCGCCCGGCGCUUCCAGCCAGCGCUGCUCGACCUGUCCACUGUGGAGGACCACAACACACAGUACUUCAACUUCGUAGAGCUGCCCACCUCCGCCCUGCGCUUCAUGCCCAAGCCUGUGUUCGUGCCCGACGUGGCCCUUAUCGCCAACCGCUUCAACCCGGACAACCUCAUGCAUGUCUUCCACGACGACCUGCUGCCCAUCUUCUACACGCUGCGCCAGUUCCCAGGCCUGGCCCGCGAGGCCCGGCUCUUCUUCAUGGAGGGCUGGGGCGAGGGCUCGCACUUCGACCUCUACAGACUGCUUAGCCCCAAGCCACCCCUGCUGCGGGCCCAGCUCAAGGCGCUGGGCCGCCUGCUCUGCUUCUCCCAGGCCUUCGUGGGCCUCUCCAAGGUCACCACCUGGUACCAGUAUGGCUUCGUGCAGCCCCAGGGGCCCAAGGCCAACAUCCUGGUGUCUGGCCACGAGAUCCGACAAUUCACGCGCUUCAUGACAGAGAAGCUGAAUGUGAGCCACGCCGGGCGCCCGCUGGCUGAGGAGUACAUCCUGGUCUUCAGUCGCACCCACAACAGACUCAUCCUGAACGAGGCUGAGCUGCUGCUCGCCCUGGCCCAGGAGUUCCAGAUGAAGACGGUGACGGUGUCCCUGGAGGAGCACGCCUUUGCGGACAUUGUGCGGCUGGUCAGCAAUGCCUCCAUGCUGGUCAGCAUGCACGGGGCCCAGCUGGUCACCGCCCUCUUCCUGCCUCGCGGUGCGGCCGUGGUGGAGCUCUUCCCCUAUGCCAUCAACCCUGACCACUACACACCAUAUAAGACGCUGGCCACGCUGCCUGGCAUGGACCUGCAGUACGUUGCCUGGCGGAACCUUCUGGCAGAGAACACAGUCACCCACCCCGAGCGGCCCUGGGACCAGGGCGGCAUCGCGCACCUGGACCGUGCCGAGCAGGCCCGCAUCCGGCAGAGCCGCGAGGUCCCGCGGCAUCUCUGCUGCCGGAACCCCGAGUGGCUCUUCCGCAUCUACCAGGACACCAGGGUGGACAUCCCGUCCCUCCUGCAGGCCAUCCGGCGUGUGGUGAAGGGCCGGCCUGGGCCGCAGAAGCAGAAGUGGGCAGUUGGCCUGUUCCCCGGCAAGGUGCGGGAGGCACGGUGCCAGGCAGCUGUGCAGGGCGCCUCGGAGGCCCGGCUCACCGUGUCGUGGCAGAUGCCCUGGAACCUCAGGUUCCUGGAGGUGCGGGAGGUGAGGUACGAGGUGUGGCUGCAGGAGCAGGGUGAGAGCACGUACGUGCCGUACGUGCUGGCCCUGCAGAACCACACCUUCACGGAGAGCAUCAAGCCCUUCACCACCUACCUGGUGUGGGUCCGCUGCAUCUUCAACAGGACACUGCCAGGGCCCUUCGCAGACGUGCUGGUGUGCACCACGUAGCAGGCAGGCCAUGCCGGCCAGCCAGGUCUGCAGUCCUGUGGCGGCAACUUCAGUACGAUGCGUUUAUUUAUUGAGCAGCUUGCACCCCCAUGUGUCCCCCACUGCACUGGGGGCUGGACGCCCACCCCAUCUCUGUGCUGAUUGUCUACACCAGAGGUUCCUUAGUGGCAGGAGGGCGUGAGAACCCAGGAACCACUCUGGCUAAGUGACCUUGUUUCUGUCCUGGUCCCUGGGGACCCCAAGAUCGUGUGGUUGCCAGGUUCACUGGUGCCCAGAGCACCCGGGUGUCCAGAGUAGCCAUUAAAUGAUUAUGAGCACCUUG